UGUUGUUGCUGUUUGUUGGGCAUCGUUGUUGUUGUUGCUUCUUGUUGUUCGUGCUGCUACUUGCGAUUUUGUUAUUUUUAUUGCGCACUCGAAAUUGUUUUGUUAUUUCCAAGAGCACUACGAUGCGGGCCGCAGUAGUAAUUUUUGCUUAGUUAGUCGCUCGCCGCACGGAAUUGUGGUGUGUGGUGGUGUAGAUUCUCCGUUUCAGUACUGCUCUGUAACUGUAAAUUGCAAGUGCAAAUGUAAAAUAAUAAAAAUCACAUAAUUGCAAGUUGCACUUCAAUAUUUGCGAUAAAAUGUCGAUAUUUGUUGAGUAUACAGAUCCGCAAUGGCGGGAUCUGGAUAUGCGCGAACUGGACGUCGAUCAGUCGUAUCUGUAUCUGAAAUCUGAUUAUCCCGAACGAUCCUAUCUCUAUACAUUAUCCGACGAAUGCUAUACGUGUCCAUACACCAAAGUGAAAGCUCUGCCCGCAGUCGACGGCGGCGGCGGCGACGACAUCGAACCGUUACGAUUGAGCUCGGCAUACGCGCUGAAUUUCAAAAUCUAUCAACACGAUCAGGGUCACUAUGCCUACGACAAUGUAUCAUCGCUCUGCUGGCUGAGGCGCACGGAUCUUCAGGAAUUCGGUGUCUACAACCUGACCCUGCUGGAAAAUGGAACCUGCUCCUUUGCCACCGACAAACCGGGCGUUCCCAUCAAUUACGCUUUCCUGGCCGUAUUCGUUCUGGUUGCCGCGCUGCUAAUCUUGCUCAAGCUCGCCAGCUGCGCCUGGAGGUGUUAUCGCUACGACGAGGCCGCCGCCGCCGCCGACAGCAUCGGAGCCGCUGCCACGAAGGCCACGCAAAGGAAGCGCCUGCGCAGCCUGGACACAUUCCGGGGACUCUCCAUCGUGUUGAUGAUCUUCGUUAACAGCGGCGGCGGAGGCUACACCUGGAUCGAUCAUGCCGCCUGGAACGGACUGCACCUGGCCGACCUGGUCUUCCCCUCCUUCCUCUGGAUUAUGGGCGUGUGCAUUCCCCUCUCCGUGAAGGCCCAGCUCUCCAGGGGCGCCAGCAAGGGACGCAUAUGUCUGCGCAUCCUGUGGCGUUCCAUCAAGCUUUUCGCCAUCGGCCUGUGCCUGAACUCGAUGAGUGGCCCCAACCUGGAGGAAUUGCGGAUCAUGGGUGUCCUUCAGCGAUUCGGAGUGGCCUUCCUUGUUGUGGGAGUCCUCCACACCCUGUGCAGUCGCCGCGAUCCGAUCAGUCCGCAGCGAUCCUGGCAAAGGGCCGUCCAUGAUAUCUGCCUGUUUAGCGGAGAGCUGGCGGUGCUGCUGGCUCUGGUGGCCACCUACUUGGGUCUGACCUUUGGCCUGCGAGUGCCGGGCUGCCCGAAAGGAUACCUCGGUCCCGGUGGCAAGUACGAUUACGCCGCGAAUCCCAACUGCAUUGGAGGAGCAGCCGGCUAUGUGGACCUCAAAGUUUUGGGAAACGCUCAUAUCUACCAACAUCCCACUGCCAAGUAUGUGUACGACUCGGCUGCCUUCGAUCCUGAAGGAAUUUUCGGCUGCAUCCUGAGCGUAGUUCAGGUGCUUCUGGGGGCCUUCGCUGGUGUCACCCUGCUGGUUCAUCCCACCUGGCAGUCGCGCAUCCGUCGCUGGCUUAUCCUGUCGGUGGUUCUUGGCCUGAUUGGCGGCGCCCUGUGCGGUUUCUCGCGAGAAGGUGGCGCCAUUCCGGUGAACAAGAACCUCUGGUCGCUGUCCUUCGUCUGUGUGACCGUCAGCCUGGCUCUGAUUAUCCUGUCGCUGCUGUACUACUUCAUCGACGUCCGCCAGACGUGGAACUGGUCGGGUUAUCCCUUCACCGAGUGCGGCAUGAACGCCAUUGUGAUGUAUGUGGGGCACUCGGUGAUGCAUCGGAUGCUACCCUGGCACUGGAGGAUCGGGGCGAUGAAUACGCACUUCAUGCUGCUGCUGGAGUGCACUUGGAACACCCUGGUCUGGGUGGGCAUAGCCCUCUACUUGGACUCCAAGGAGUUCUACUACAGCCUCUAGAUGCCUCUGCACAAAAAUGCCGAUUUGCCAAAUACGUUAACGCUUUUAUCAUAAAAGUGAUUCCAAUUAUUGGAUAUUAUAAUUAUGUUUUUUUUUUUUAUUUUUUAUUUUUUACCAAGCACAAGACCAUAAAGAAACGUGUCGUAUUAUUUGUAUAAUUCCGAAUUUUUUUGGUUGUAAGAAAAUUGAAUAAUUAUGACUUUGAAAUAAAUAUCUUAA